AUGCCGCAGCGGCACUCGAAGAACAACAACGACCUUGCCUUCUUCACGUACGAGGAGAAGCGGAAGCUCGGGUACGGCACGCAGCGGGAGCGUCUGGGAAAGGACUCCAUCAAGCCCUUCGACGCCUGCUGCCUCUGCCUCAAGCCGCUCAUGGACCCGCUCUGCUGCCCCAAGGGCCACACCUUCUGUAAGGAGUGCAUCCUCGAAUGCCUCCUCGCCCAGAAGAAGGACAUCAAGCGCAAGCUAGCAGCUCACGAGGCCCAGAAAAAGCAAGAGAAGGAGGAGGAGGAGGAGAAGCUAAUUCUGCAGAAGGCUAAGGAGUUGGAUGCCUUUGACCAGCAGAAUCAUGGGGCUGUUCCCCAGUACCAUGAUCGCAGUGGUUCCCAAGACAAGAAUGGGUUUCAUGGAGCAAACAGUGUGAAGGUCACUUCUUUUGAAGAGGAAGCCCUCCGCAACAUGAAGGCAUUCUGGCUCCCUUCAGCUACUCCUAAAGCUACGGUCAAGGUAGAUGCACCCUCCACCGACACUAUCUGCCCUGAGGGGCAGGAGAAGCUCAAGUUGAAAUCGCUCUUCCCUAUCUCAUUCACGGAGGAAACUGCUGAUCAAAAGAGCAAGAAGGGAGUGGAAAAGAGCUACAUGUGCCCUAGUUGCAAAUCCACUCUCACAAAUACCAUGUCCCUUGUGGUGGUCAGCACCUGUGGCCACGUCUUCUGCAAGAAGUGCUCAGACAAGUUUCUAGUAAAGGAUAAAGCUUGCUUAGAGUGCAGCAAACCAUUCAAGGAGAGGAAUCUGGUUCCAUUGGAGAAAGGAGGAACUGGGUUUGCUGCGCAUGAUGAACGCUUGGAGGCAAGGGAUUUCAAGCAUUUGGGUAGUGAGGUCACGAAAAGGCGAUUAGCUUUGUUUGGUGCUGGAGCAUUAGCCACUGGCCUACUGAAGACAAGCUCUGCAUUUGCUGAAGAAGUACCGAAGAAUUAUAAGUCUUACGUGGAUGCGAAAGAUGGAUACUCAUAUCUUUAUCCAGCUGAAUGGAGGGAUUUCGACUUCUUGGGUCAUGAUUCAGCAUUCAAAGAUAAAAAUUUUGCCCUUCAGUGUGUUCGUGUGGGAUUUAUUCCUACUGAGAAAACAGAUAUCCGCGACCUAGGACCAAUGGAUGAGGCCAUCUUCAAUCUGGUAAACAACGUUUAUGCUGCCCCGAAUCAAAUACCGUCGGUCUAUGACAUGCAAGAGCGUACUGUUGACGGCAAGAACUACUGGACGUUUGAGUACGAUCUGGAGGCUCCGGGCUACGGUGUUUCUGCGUUUGCAACGGUCGCCAUUGGUAACGGUCGAUACUACACGCUGAUCGUGACCGCGAACGAACGCCGGUGGAGCAGACUGCGGAACAGGCUCAAAGUCGUCGCGGACUCAUUCAAGAUCUCGGAUCUGACAGCGUGA